CCCAGGAACCGCGUGUGACCUUCCCGGCCGAGCACCGAUGCUGCCGGUGGCCGCUCGCCCCCUAUGGGGGCCGUGUCUUGGGCUCCGGGCCGCCGCGCUUCGCCUCGCCAGGCAACAGGUGCCCGCUGUCUGUGCUGCGCGGCAGAUAAGGAGCAGCAGCCAUCGCAGAGACGAGGCCCUUGCCGGCGCAUCCCUGGACAACGCCCCCAAGGAGUACCCCCCCAAAAUCCAGCAGCUGGUCCAGGACAUUGCCAGCCUCACGCUCCUGGAGAUCUCCGACCUCAACGAGCUUCUGAAGAAAACGCUCAAGAUCCAGGACGUCGGGCUUAUGCCGACAGGUGUGAUGCCGGCGGCCGCCCCCGCCGCCGCCGAGGUGGCAGAAGAAGAAGACAUCCCCAAGCAGAAAGAACGGACACAUUUCACUGUCCGCCUGACGGAGGCGAAGCCCGUGGACAAGGUGAAGCUGAUCAAGGAGAUCAAGAACUACGUCCAGGGCAUCAACCUGGUCCAGGCAAAGAAGCUGGUGGAGUCCUUGCCUCAGGAGAUUAAAGCCAACAUUGCCAAAGCCGAGGCCGAGAAGAUCAAGGCGGCCCUGGAGGCGGUGGGCGGCACUGUGGUGCUGGAAUAGCCCCGGCUGCGAGGACUGUGGAGGAGCCGCAAGGCCCGCCCGGCACCACGCGAGGCUGGGGUCCUGGGUUGCGGCGAGAACUCUUGGCACCGGGUGCCAGCCAGCCUCUGUUUGGGAGGGAGAAGCGGACCUGUG